CAGUUGAUCAAAUUGGAGGCUUGAAAACAACUCUGCUUGCACUAUCAAAUUCCCCCACUUAUAGGCACCAUGUUUGCACUCACUUUGACGGCCGAGUUGGCAGGGGUUACCAACCUACGCCCCAACGAUAGUGAGAACGAUCCUUUCUGGUAUACGUUCACUGUCCAGUGUACGUCAUGCCGCGAGACGCAUCCGAACCCUGUUGCAGUUAGCAGAUUCGAAAACAAUGAAAUGAGUGGCAGUAGAGGAGAGGCGAACUUCGUGUGGAAAUGCAAGAACUGCAAGCGAGAGUCUACUGCCUCGAUCAAGACAGCACCAACGCCGUACGAGCAAGGAGAGCCCCCCAAGGCUCAGUCUAUCAUCGAGUUCGACUGCCGUGGUUUGGAGUUUACGGAUUUCCACUCCGAAGGCACAUGGCUUGCAGAUGGGGUUGAUUCUGGGACUAAGUUUGCUGAAAUCGAGCUUACUGAUGGUGAAUGGUAUGAUUACGAUGAGAAGGCGGGCGAGGAGGUCAGCAUCAAGGAGCUCAAGUGGAACAUCAAGCGAGCUUAAAAUGUCAGAGAACCAGACGCCAAGGGAACAAUGAAUAUAUGCUUUAUUAAACAUAUCGCACACCGUAACUUGGUGCUGUGACCAUCGUCUACCCUACCA